AUGUCCUCCGUUCAGCAGUCUCUUCCCCCGACCUACGAGCGUCGCAACUCGCUGGAGAAACACCUCCAAACCCGCCCGGAAAUGCAGGACCUCAAGAACCGCCACAUCCUGCUGGACACCAAUGUAGCUCCAGCGAUUCAAUCUGCCCGCCAGGUGCUCGACCGCCAGCGUGCUACUGACAGUCUGAAGAAGAACCUGGAGAAGAGGCCUGAGAAGGACGAGCUGGUUGAGCGUAAUAUCCUCCCCGCAACCUCCGCUGCCCCAGCGCUGCAGGCCCCUGCCCGCGAACUCGAGAAGCACAUGCUGGCCGAUAACCUCGAGCAUAAGAUUCAGAAUCGGCCACAGCCCGAAGACCUGAUUUCGCAGGGUAUUCUCUCCGAGGAUGAGAACCCACGCUCGCCCGUCUGA